GGUUUGCAGCGUCGGCAGCAGCAUGCAGCAGCGCCGGACCCUCUGCGUCUCGCAGCUCCGGAGCAUCUGCCUCCGCCACUUGAGCUUCACCAGCAGCACGGGCGCGAGCGACUUCUCGGCGCCCAAGAUGGGCGCUACGGGCGAAAGCCUCGGCGAAGUCGAGCUGCCGGACCUCUUUGUGCGCCUCGCGGCCGGCGCCACCAUUCUGUACGAGAGCGACGUGGCCAAAGAGACGCUCAACCCGACGUGGCCGCCCGUCGAGCUCGAUGAGCGCCUUGGCAACACGAUCUCGCCCUACGAGUGUCUCCAGGACUCGGUCUUUGAGCUCAUCGUCUACCGCUACGUGAGCAGCGACCGCAAGCCAUACGAGCCGCCGUAUGUAAGCCUCAAGGAAGAAGACAACGAAGACGACGACGACGACGACGAUAACGACAACGAUACAGAGCAUGGCGACGACCAGGCCAAGUCGACCGCGACCGACGAGAGCGACGGGCGCCACGACAUGCGAAGCUUUGAAGAAGUCCUUCGCUUUAUCGUGCAGCUCGAUGCGCUCGAGCCGCUGCACUGCGACUACCGCGAGCUCUACGGCCUUCCGCUCAACACUCUCAUCCUCGGGUUUCAGCUCGAGAAAGACGCGGAGACGUACUUUGUACCGCGGGAUACGAUGCUGCAUUUGGUGCAGAGCGGCGCGAUGGCCGGUCGUCGGCGCAAAGAAGGUAUUGUGCGCGAGACCAAGUACGCGCUGCCAACCGCUGCGCUCCUGCUCAACACCAACAUUGGUCUUUUGGCCGAGAUUGAGCAGCGCAAGCGCAGUAUUGAAGCCAAGCGUGAGCGCAUUGCACAGCAGCUCGCGGCGCACGAAGCAGCGGCGGAAAAGGAACACCAGCGGCUGCGGCUUCAGAACCGCAUCAUCGCCCUGCGCAAGGAAGUGGACGAGCGCAAACAAGCGCAAUCACGAGUAAAAUCAGUCGUCAAGGUCGAGAAGCAGCUGCUGCAGCUCGACGAGCGCAUUCCGCGGACGCUCGUGCACCUCAUGGAUAUUCACAACAAGGCCAAUGACGAGCGCAACGGGAUCUGGGAACGCCGGACCGAGGUGCUCAAGGUCGCGCACAAAAUCCGGUCCAAGCAAGCCCACUUGGUCGUCCAGCUGCACGACAUUUACCCGAUCUCGUACGUUGGCGCGGGCGAGUAUUGCAUCGGCGGCAUCAAGUUUAUGAACGCCGACGUGGCCAACGGCAAAGACGACGAAAUGCUCUCGACGGCGCUCGGAUACAUUGCCCACUUUGUAUUUAUGCUCGCCAAGUACCUCGACGUGAACCUACGGUAUACGAUCGUGCACUGCUCGUCGCGCUCGUUCAUGCGCGAUGACGUCAACGACCCGUACAUUGAAUACCCGCUCUUCAAGCGCGGUGUCGAGAAGGACCGGUUCGAGAAGGCCUGCGUCUUUCUCAAAAAGGACGUGGAACAGUUGCUGCAAGCACGGGGCCUCGAGAUCGUCGUCAACAGCCAGCUCCUCAUCCGCCUCAAGUCGAUCGUCGACGCCGAAGUCGCAUGGCUCCAAGCAAAUAGCAGCGCUGCAUCGUCGUCCUAGUAGAGCCGACGCCACUCGACUAUUUCAAAUAACACUAUUUCCGUGUCGUUCAUUCGCAAUGUACUAUACCGUACCGUACACCAUACAUAAUGCGUAAUGUACAAUACACGAAUGUACG